UAAUAGUAUAAAUAAAUAAAAAGUGUUACUUCCAAAAUUAAUUAAUUGUGAAAUGUUUCUUAUAUAUUUAGUUGUAAGUUUGCCAAUAAUUUUGUAUUUUUACAUAAAAUGGAGGUACUCAUAUUGGCAAAAUAAAGGUGUAUUCACGAUCGAACCCGUCUUCCCAGCUGGCAGUUUGAAGGAUGUUAAAGAAGGAAAAAUAUUAUAUUUCGAUUUUUAUAAAAAAUUUUAUCUCGAAUUGAAAAAGAGAGGAUUGAGCUAUGGAGGGUUAUAUGAGAUGAUGUCUCCAGUGCUGGUGCCGGUUGAUUUAGAAUUAAUCAAAAAUAUCAUGCUGAAAGAUUUCAGUCAUUUCAGCGACCACGGUUUAUAUGUGAAUGAAAAAGUGGAUCCACUAACGGGGGGCUUGUUUCUUUUGGAAGGGGAGAAAUGGAGGAAUCACAGAGCAAAACUCACUCCCACAUUUACAACAGGGAAGAUGAAGAUGAUGUUCCAUACUCUUGCCGCUUGUUCUAAGGGCUUUCAGGAAUUGUUAAAAGAAGAAGUGAAGAAAAACGAAGCAGUAUUUAUAAAAGAAUUAUUAGCUAGAUUUACUACGGAUAUAAUAGGAUCAGUAGCUUUCGGAAUUGAGUGUAACUGUAUGAAAGAACCGAACAAUGAAUUCAGAACGCAGUGCAGCAAAGCUUUCAGCAUUACAGGAAAAUUUAAACGGAUGCUGCAUCAUUACUCACCGAAAUGGUUCUUAAAGGCGAUCAGUUUCAAACAAACUGAUGAGAAUGUCGAAAAAUUCUUUUUCGAUCUUGUUAAAAGUACCAUCGAAUACAGAGAGAAAAAUAAUGUGUACAGGAAAGAUUUUUUACAGAUGUUAAUCGAACUGAAAAAUACAGGAACCGUAACUGAUGAGGAAACGAUGAAAACAUCUACCCACGGAACCUCUUUUCUCACUUUAAAUGAAGUAACAGCUCAUUCUUUCAGUUUCUUUUUAGCAGGAUUUGAAACUUCUUCCACAACAAUGUCGUUCGCUCUUUUAGAGUUAGCAAUGAAUCAGGAUAUUCAAGAAAAACUUAGAAAAGAAAUACUUGAAGUUUUAAAAAAAUAUGAUGGUGAUAUAACCUACGAGGGUGUACAAGAAAUGCAAUAUUUGGAUCAAGCUUUGCAGGAAACGUUGAGAAAAUACCCUCCGAUUCCACUUUUACCAAGAAUAUGUACGAAAACGUACAAGAUCCCAAAUUCGGAUGUACUAAUCGAAAAAGGUACCAUAGUAAAACUGGCUGUGGAAGCUUUACAAAACGAUCCGGAAAUAUAUCCCAGCCCGGAAAAAUUCGAUCCGGAUAGAUGGAGUCCUGAAAAUUCUGCAGAUAGAUCGAAUUUUGCGUUUUUGUCAUUUGGUGAAGGACCUAGGUUAUGUAUAGGAAUGAGAUUCGGCAAACUUCAAGCUAAAUGUGGAAUAAUAACAAUUUUAAGGGAUUAUAAAGUCAGUCUUAAUGAAAAAACCCAAUUACCUGUACAGUUAAAUCCUUCUUUCAUCACUUCAGUGAAAGGUGGUGUUUGGUUAAACAUGGAAAGUUUGUAAUUCGAUAAAAUUUACUUUAUUUUGUUUUAACAAAUAAACUUUCUAAAAAUAAUAAAAAAUAAACAAAAUUUGAUAUAAA